AAGUCAAAAGUGGAAAUUAUGAAAUGAGACGUUUCCCGAUUUUAAUAAGUUUUCUUUGCGUUCUUACAAGAAAUAAAACAACUGGCACCCUUGUAAACAUGUCCCUGAGAAGUGUAGAUUUCGAAGUUUUCGGCAUCGUUCAAGGAGUAUUCUUUAGAAAGUACACAAAAGCACAAGCGGACAAACUUGAGCUGAAGGGAUGGUGUCGGAACACUUCCAGAGAUACGGUAGAGGGGCAAAUAGAAGGACCCAGUGAUAAAGUGGACAAUAUGAUCCAAUGGUUGAAAACAACCGGUAGCCCGAGCAGUAAGAUUGACAAGGCCGAGUUUAAAAAUGAUAAGGAGAUUUCAGAAUAUACAUUUAAAAGUUUCGAUAUUCGGCGUGACAAUUAAUCUGCUUUGGGAUUAAAAGAAAAUCGUAAGAUAAUAUUAUGGCAAAAUCCAUGAACCAUGAACAUGCCCCUAAAAAUCUCUUGUGAUAUUAGAGCAGGGAUAGCAAACUCGGCGGUUGCCAUAAUAUCUAAUAGAAGCUUUUUAGUGCUCGUGAUCAAAAUUAUUAUGAACAUUAAGUUUUUAUUUCCGUAGCAAGUAAUUUACUUGCGAAAGUUAAGUGUUAUUUCUAUUUUAUGAUUUGAGUUGUAAAAUAGCACGGGUCAUAAAGUAAUCUCAAAUGGCUCAAGAAAAUCGCUUAAUGAUUUGCUGUUCCUGUAUUAAGUAGUUUUAAGAAUUUUCUUAAUUUUUCUUGUUCUAGUUCUGCUAUCUAGAUGUAAAUAGUUCCAGAAUAAUAUGACAGUAUUUUAUUUAUUGACAAUAA